AUAACACAUUCUGUUUAACGAUGUUAAAAUUAACACUCAUUUUGAUUAUUGUUGAAAGUCUUGUUUUUGUGGCAGGAUCAGGAAGUUGUGUUGGAAGAAAUGAAUAUUAUGAGAAAUGUGCCAGUACUUGCAACCCCCAAACAUGUGAUAGCAUUGGCAAAACGAACCACUGUCCAAAGAUGAAUGAUUGUGUGGGUGCGUGCAGAUGUAUCAGCGGCUUCUAUAGAGAUUCAGCUGGUGUAUGCAUAUCGGAAGAACAGUGCUAUAAUCAAAUGAGUGACGAAAAUUCAUCGUCACAAGAUGAUACGCCUGCACCAGCCCCCACUCCACCUGUAAAAUCUCCAAACAACAAUCACGAUCUUUCAAGCAGUAGUGCAGAGGCUGACGCUACAUCUAGUGCCAGCAGCAGCGAAGAAAUUGCUAAAGUACAAAUAAAGCCAAAAUGUGGGCUCAACGAAGUCUACGACCUUUGCCCAGCACCAUGUCCACCCAGGAGAUGUGAUGUUGACGAACGAGUGAUUAGAUGUAAAAGCCUUCCAAAAGUAGGUGAUAAAGAAUGUGUACCAGGAUGUCGAUGUGCUGAUAAUUACUAUAGAAAUAACGAUGGAGCGUGUGUUCUCAAAAGUCAAUGCCCUACAUGUCUAGGAAAAGACGAAGUAUACGAAUACUGUCCAAAAUCCUGUCCACCCCAGACCUGUGAAAGCCUUUGGUCAACAGCCCCGUGCCCAAUAAGACCGGCAGUGUGUAUACCCUCAUGCCGCUGCAAGCCUGAUAUGUAUAGGAACAAAUUGGGAGAAUGUAUCUCAAAACAGGAUUGCCUGAAGUGCCGUGGACCGCACGAGUAUUUCACCUGUGGUGGUGCCUGUGACAACGAGUGCGACAAGCUGAGCAGACAGAAUCAGACCAGCUGUCCCAUCAUAAACAUCACUUGUAAUAGGAAGUGUUACUGUGAACCUGGGUACGCUAGAAACGUGGACAAUAUUUGCGUCCCCAUUGCUCAAUGCCCACCGGAGUGUAAAGAAAAUGAAGUGUAUGUUAAAAAUGUAAAGGCAAUUGGUCGACCCACAACAUGUUCGGAGUCAGUAUUGGGUCUAAUGGAAUAUGAAAAGGCAAAUAAAAGUAAACCAACACCUGGAUGCGUCUGCGCUGAAGGCUAUGCAAGGAACCAUUAUGGCCGUUGUAUCCCUACUGAAGAUUGCUAUGCUGAUGUCGGUGUUGUUAAUUUUGACAAGUUAGAUACAAACCAAACCGAGGUUAUAAUGAUAACUGCUGUAGCAUAUUUCGUUCCAUCUCCCGUUUGUGGAGCCAAUGAAGUUAUGUCAGACUGCAUUAAUACUGGAUGUGACAAAUUGAGCUGUUUUGACUUGGCCACAACCAAAAACUGCCUGUUUAUGGUGAAAAAAUGUGACAAAGGUUGCCGCUGUAAGGAUAACUACCUGCGUGAUAAAAACGGCAUUUGUAUUCCUAUCGAUGAUUGUCCUGCUCCAAAAUGCCCGGGCAGAGAUGAAGUGUAUGAGAAAUGCCCAAAAACAUGUCCUCCUCAAACUUGUAGAGGUCUUCAAGCUAAGUAUAAAUGUCCCGCAAAUGCAACAAUAGCUUGUAAACCUUCAUGCCGUUGUAAGCCUAAUAUGUAUCGUAAUGAUCAUGGAGAAUGCAUCACUAAGCAACAGUGCACACAAUGUAAAGCCAAUGAAAUAUAUAUACGUAAUAUAAACGAAUGGAAUAGGCCUAAAACGUGUGCAGAAUUGCACAGCCCUCGACCAAAUAUACCUGUGGACCUUAAAAGCUUGCCUGUGAGACCGGGCUGCGUCUGCGAAUACAAUUAUGUGAGGAACGAUCAAGGAACCUGCAUACAUAUCAAACAAUGUCCCCCUCAAUGCGGAUUAAAUGAAAUAUACGUGAAUAAUACCAGAGCUGAUUGCCAACCUAAGAAAUGCUCUCAAUUGGGAUAUCCUCUUGAAUGUGAAAUGCUUGAAGAUUACAAUAAUUACGCAGAACCAGGAUGCAUAUGUAAAGGAGGAUAUCUUAGAGACGAUAAUGGUCAAUGUAUUCCCGCUGAAAACUGCCCAUCAUGCGGAGGUGACCCAAAUGCAAUGAAGGGUUGCGGAGUAUAUUGUAAUACUUGUGACACCUUAAGGAACGGUCCCAGACCUUGCCCAAGGAUAUGCGUUAGAAACGGUUGUAACUGUAAAAAGAACUACAUAUUUGAUGAAACACAAUCAAGAUGUGUUCUACCACAAAACUGCGGUUCGUCAGCGUCAUCGUCAACGGAUCAAGAACCAAUUUGCGGACCUGACGAGGUUCCAGAUGACUGUAUCAAUGGAGGAUGUGGAAGGAAAAAUUGCUCUCAGUUGGGUUUACCAGCAUUAUGCAUCGAUUUAAUUGCAGGCUAUUGUAAAAAAGGCUGCCGCUGCAAGGAGAAUUAUCUGCGAGACGAAAAUGGGAUUUGUGUCCCCGUAGCACAGUGUCCAACACCGGACUGCGGAGAGAACAAGGUGUUCGAUCUCUGCCCGGCUUAUUGCCUUCCAGAUUGCGACGUUGACGAAAGUUCAAUUCUAUGUAAAGCAGCCCCACAAUUGGGGGACAGUGAUUGCAAUCCAAGCUGCAGGUGUGCUGAUAAUCUGUAUAGAACCAGAGACGGGUCCUGUGUACCCAAAAACGAGUGCCGUGAUAGAAUGACAUAUCCCACCACACCAACUUCCACGGAUUUUCCUUCUACUUCCACCGGCGAUGCUUUUACCGAGACCAUUGGAUUCCAGGUAGAAGACAAUGACAAUGCAAGAUGCGGAGACAACGCGGAAUUGGUAGACGACGUACGUUCAAUAUGCAGACCGCAAUCAUGUGCCGAAGUAGGUACAGUCUUGAACUGUGAACAAUACGACGUCGUCCAAGAGCCUAGAUGUGUAUGCCUUGACGGCUUUGUGGCGGAUGACCAAGGAAAUUGCAUAUCUAUUGAAAAUUGCACCUCGUGCGGUGGAGACGCAAACGCCACUGCUGGUUGCGGCACGUUUUGUACAACGUGUUCAAAUUACAAACAACAAGUCGCCUGUCCUCUCUCUUGUCAGCUCGAUGGAUGUGAUUGUCGGCCAAAUUAUGUUUACAACAGUGACAUCAAAAGAUGCGUGUUGCCAGAAGACUGCCUGGAGAAUGCAUUUAAGCAUACCCAGGGCACUCGGGGAAAGAGCCCUGGGUUAUGUCGGACUCACCCUGCUGAGUGCAGGGACCUACCGACUAAACUCCACUGUGUUCCGCCGUGCCGCUUUAUAGACGGGGCCGCGGAACAAGCACAUGCGAACGCAUACGCAAGUGCGUAUGCUUCUUCGAAUUCUGUUAAAAAGCCGGAAACUGCAAACUAUAACUGGAGGGACGAUUUCGAUCGCGGCAACAAUAACUUCACAGCAUCAUUUCUAUACAGUGGAAUAGAUGAGAGUCCUUACAGCAGCUUCAUCACAUCACCAUUCAGUGUGCUUUUCCUUUUAGCACAACUAGCGCUGUAUGCGAAGGGAACGUCAUAUGAACAAUUAGCAAACCUUCUCAAUAUAAAAAGCAGAAAUGAGAUCAGAUUAAUUGUACCGAAUUAUCUAGACGAUAUAAAUUCUCAACAAAAUGUGACGAUUCAAUUAGCUGAAAAAGUGUAUGGCAGUAUUCAAUUUCCAUUCAAGAAAUCGUUCAAACGAGACACUAGAUUGGUUUUCCAUGCAGAAGCCGAGAAUCUUGAUUUCAGCGAUCCAAUUCAGGCUGCUAACUCGAUAAAUUCCUGGAUUGCGUCGAGAACUAAUAAUCUUGUAAAGGACGUGAUUUCUUCGUCCUUGCUGAAUCAAAAUACACGUCUAGUACUGGCAAACGCUAUUUAUUUCAAGGGUGAUUGGAAAAUUCCAUUCCACGCGAAGAAGACUAAACUAAAAGAUUUCUAUGUAAACGAAAAUAUUACUGUGUCUGUUAAUAUGAUGAAUCAAAUAAACAAAUUUAACUAUGGAAACCUUGAGAGCAUCAAUGCAAAGGUCCUCCAAUUAUUCUAUAAAAAUACCAACGUUUCAUUUGUUGUGGUAUUGCCAAAUAAAGAUCAAGAUGUAUUAUCGAUUGCAGAGACAUUUACAAGUCCAUGUUUUAGUUUAAAAGAAGAUAUAAUAAAUAAACUUAAAUCUGCAGAAGUAAAUGUAUCCCUUCCAGUAAUGGAUAUUGAAACUUCAACCGAUUUAGAAGAUAUUUUAGCAAUGAACGGUGUGACAGAAAUAUUCGAUCCCGAUACAUCAGACUUAACUGGAAUUAUGAAACAAGACCAAAAAAUGUAUGUUUCGUCAGCUUUACAAAAAGCAAAAAUUAUUGUCAACGAAUCGGGAUCAGAAGCAGCUGCAGGAAAUGCUGUCAUAAUUGGAGUAACUUCAGUUCAUUAUGAAGAAGAGCCUGAAGAAUUUAAUGCAAAUACUCCUUUCAUUUACUUCAUUCUCUUUCAAUAUACACCAAUAUUCGCUGGAUUCUAUUCAGGCCCGCAAUAAAUUCAAGUUAAAUAAAUAAAAUAAAAUGAAACAAUUA